AUGGCGAUUACAUUACCACAAUUCGGCGCAACCCGGCUAAGAUCAUACAUCCUCCGUUUACCUCUGUUCACAAGAUGUAUAGUAGCCAUCAUAUUCAUACUAUGGCUUGUCAGUUUGCAGUCAGCUUGGGAUUUACAGAAAUGGGGCGGCUUGUACCCAAAUGAGAUUGGGUUGCAGACAAUGUACCGCACGAAUACUUUCCCAUUGAUACAUAUGGGGUUCAUACACAUGAUAAUGAAUAUCAUUGCUCUAACUCCAUUGUUGGAGAGAUUUGAGGCAGAAUAUGGGACUUUGACUACAUUGGCAUUAUUUAUGGGCCCUUUGUCGACGAUUCCUGCAUUAAUAUAUACAUUCGUAGAAAGGGGGAUCUUCCAUAUGAACACAGGAGUGAUGGGUGCCAGUAUCUGGGUUUUCACCCUACUUGCAAUGGAAGCGAUCAAGACAUAUAAAACAAACCCAAAUUUCGUAUUGGGUACAGUCCAAAUUCCAACGUGGACAACACCAAUUAUCCUUACGCUAUUCAUCUCCUUCUUGGUACCACAUACCAGCUUCCUUGGUCACCUUUGCGGACUUGUUUUUGGUUACGGAUGGGGCCUGGGUUAUCUCAAAUUCUUAGCUCCGCCAGAGAAGAUCCUAAGAUGGAUUGAAGGAAAAAUGAAUCUUUUGGGUAGAUUACCACACUACGUUUCCGUCGACCAAAAAACUGUUGGAAGAUAUGGCUUAUUACCUACCACCAACAAUCCAAUCAUCUCAUCCGACACAAGCAUUGCGCUAGGAUUUUCUGGCCAAGCACAGCGAUUGGGACCUUAA